CCCCUUUGCUCAACCAUGGUUUCCAAAUUUCCCAUCGCCUCUCUCUCUCUCUGGUCUCCGGCGUUUUGCUGCCUUCUCGGUUCACUUUCUAGGUUUCCAGAUACGACGAUGUUGCUGGGGAAGCGGCCGAGGCCUCCGAUAGAGCCGAAGACCAGCUCGAUGGAGUUCCCAGACGGCGGCAUCCUCUUCGACGUCGAGACCCACCAGGCGCUGGAUCAGGACGAAUCGAUCGCGGGCCAGGCUCUCGAUCCGCGGUGGGUCGCGGUGGAGAUUGCUCGGAGGUCGGCCGCUGGCGGCGUGGCGGACUGGUGCUCGGCUAGGUUGGUGGCACCCAUGCUUUCGCCCCGCGGCGGCGUGCAGAGGAGGAACCCCGAGGAGUUGUCCGGGGACCACCUCGAGACGGCGUCCUUCUUGAGGGCCUGCGGGCUCUGCCAUAGACGCCUCGGACCCGGACGCGAUGCGUUCAUGUACAGGGGUGAGAUUGCCUUUUGCAGCCUGGAAUGCCGCCAGCAGCACAUGAACAUGGAUGUGCCGUCAGCAGCACAGGAACCAUGAGAGUAGCAGCUGCAACUUUGUGAGGAGAAUUCAAAUGCUACAGGGCAGACCAAACGGUUGUUUCUAUAUUUUCCAGCAGCAUCAACAGAUUCAAAAGGGAAAAAAGAAGAGAAAUUGCAGACUUUGAUGCUUGCUGUAUUUUUCAAAUUUUUUCUCUUGGUUCUCAAGAGGAAGUAAUAUUAUCUUCCCCCAUGUUCCCUGUAAGAUGGCUCUCUUUUUGAAUGAAAACGAGAUGUUGUGCA